UGUCACGCUGCUCUGCUCAGGCAGACAGCAACCCUACGCGCCCAGAGAUAGCAAUAGAAAAUGCCGCGUUAGAGAUUCAAAGAAAUUAGAGGGAGGAAGAGAGGACGAUGGGGAAUUAAGAGGUUUGAGGGGAUUGAGCCGAGGACUGUCGAUGUUUCUCUACCUGAAAUAACAGAAGUAUGCUAUCAGAGGCGAAUCAUUGGCGUGCGUCUCUCUAAGAGCGGCUGUCCGUGUUCGAGCCAAAUUAACUACAAAACGGAAUAACGGUUUUUAUGCACCCGGACGAGACGUGAGUUAGUUACCAACAAUGUGGUGCAUCAAUUGCGCUUCGGACAAGACCCCUGCCAUUCUUCAUAAUAACAAGCUGAUAUACUGUGUGGAAGAGACUCCACGUGGCGACACAGGCAGUUUCUCUGACAGCACCUGUAGCCGGGGGCCCUACCUGAGCAGCUCUGAUCACCGCUACAGCAUUGGCCCCGGCCCACCGGACCCCCGAUCCCAACACCACCCCCAGGGCCCCCCGGUGGCCCCCCCCAGUCCUGCCUCCCUGGCCUGGGUCCAGAGGACCCGGUAUCAGCCUGCCAGCCUGGCGCUCCGGAAGCAGGAGGAGGAGGACAACAAGCGCUGCAAAGCCCUGUCCGACAGCUAUGAGCUCUCCACAGACCUACAGGACAAGAAGGUGGAGAUGCUGGAGAGGAAGUAUGGCGGUUACUUCCUGAGUCGGCGGGCGGCGCGCACCAUCCAGACGGCGUUCCGUCAGUACCGCAUGAACAAGAACUUUGAGCGGCUGAGAAGCUCCGCCUCCGAGAGCCGGAUGACUCGGCGCAUCAUCCUGUCCAACAUGAGACUGCAGUACUCGUUUGAUGAGCGGCAGGGCCAGCCCCAGGGACAGGGCCAGACCCAGGGACAGGGCCAGCCACAGGGACAGGGCCAGACCCAGGGACAGGGCCAGACCCAGGGACAGGGCCAGCCCCAGGUCCAGGGCCAGGGGGGACAGAGGUACCCCCACCCUGGAAGGGGGCAGCCUGGGGAUGGAGAGAUGGAGGCUGGGUCUCUUCCACUGUGCCAGGGGGACAUAGAGUACACACACCUGGAUGAGACCUUCUCCAAACAGGUGAAGUCCUUGGCUGACUCCAUCGAUGAUGUCUUGACCUGUCAGUCUGGCGUGGAAGACUUUCAGGAGGAGGAGGAAGAGGAGGAGGAAGGUGACGGAGGCGAGACAGGGGUGGUGGCGGACGACUUUGGAGAGUGUGUUUGGAGACCGAGGGAGGGAGACAGACAGAGGGGCGGAGGAAGAGGAAGAGGAGGAGAGAGACAGAGCAUGCACGAGGACAGCAUAGCCACCUCCUACAGCGACGUGACCCUCUACAUUGAUGACCCCUCCUCGCCAUUGUCCCUGGACCGCGGCCCCAGCAGCACUGACACAGAAUACUGGAGCCCUGGAGUGGGUGGCGUUGGGGUGGGGGGCCGUGAAGACAGCCGGGACACAGAGGGAGGGGGCAGCAGUAACAGCAGACGCAGCACCCCCUGUACAGAGUGUAGAGACUACAGCCUGAGAGGAGCUCACCUGCCUCUGCUGACCAUUGAUCCCCCUAGCGACAGCUCUGUUGAUAUGAGUGACCGCUCGGAUAGAGGUUCGAUAGGUAGACUGGUCUACGAGACAGAGCCAGGGGGAGGUGGGGGAGGAGGGGGGGAAGGGAGGUCGCCUCACGGCACUAUUAAACACAACCCCCACCCAAACCCCCACCCAAACCCCCACCCACACUAUCCUACACCACCACCAUCAGAUCCCGCACCACACCCAGCACCCCCACCACCCUCCCCGCAGGGACAACCCCUCACCCCUCUGUCUUCCUCCUCAUCCACCACACUGCCCCCUGGUGGCCUGGAGCAGGUAUGCUGUUCGGAUGGAGACAACGACUCUCUCAACUCCACCACCAACUCUAACGAUACCAUCAACUGCUCCUCCGGGUCCUCAUCACGCGACAGCCUCCGGGAGCCCCUCCCACCGCUCGGGAAACAGACCUAUCAGAGAGAGAGCAGACAAAGCUGGGAUAGCCCCGCCUUUAACAAUGACGUGGUGCAGAGACGACAGUACCGCAUCGGACUCAAUCUGUUCAACAAGAAGCCAGAGAAGGGUAUACAGUACCUGAUAGAGAGAGGCUUCGUAUCGGACACACCGGUAGGCAUCGCCCGCUUCAUGCUGGAGAGGAAAGGACUGAGCAGACAGAUGAUAGGAGAGUUCCUGGGCUGCAGACAGAAACAGUUCAACAAGGACGUACUGGAUUGUGUGGUAGAUGAGUUGGACUUCUCAGGGAUGGAUCUAGAUGAUGCCCUCAGGAAGUUCCAGGCUCAGAUUAAAGUCCAGGGGGAGGCCCAGAAGGUGGAGAGACUGAUCGAGGCUUUCAGUCAGCGGUACUGUGUGUGUAACCCGGUACUGAUCCGACAGUUCCAGAACCCUGACACCAUCUUCAUCCUGGCCUUCGCCAUCAUCCUCCUCAACACAGACAUGUACUCUCCCAACGUCAAGCCAGAGAAGAAGAUGAAGCUGGAGGAUUUCAUCAAAAACCUCAGAGGAGUGGAUAAUGGUCAGGACAUUCCCAGAGACCUGUUAGUAGGAAUCUACCAUCGGAUAGAGAAGUGGGAGCUACGCACCAACGAUGACCACGUGUCUCAAGUACAGGCUGUGGAGAGGGUGGUCGUCGGCAAGAAACCCGUGCUCUCGCUGCCACACCGCAGAUUGGUGUGUUGCUGUCAGCUUUACGAGGUGCCUGACCCUAACAGAAGCCAGAGGACUGGAGUCCACCAGAGAGAAGUCUUCCUCAACGACCUGCUCGUGGUAACCAAGAUCUUCCAGAAGAAGAAGACCUCUGUGACAUACAGCUUCAGACAGUCCUUCCCCCUGGUCGAGAUGCAGGUCCACAUGUUCCAGAACCAGCACUAUCCCCACGGUAUACGUCUGACGUCGGCCAAUCCUGGCGGGGAGAGGAAAGUUCUGAUUGUAUUAAAUGCUCCAAGUCAGCAGGACAGAACACGCUUCACCUCCGACCUGAGAGAGAGCAUCACUGAGGUGACGGAGAUGGAGAAAUACAGGGUGGAGUCGGAGUUGGAGAAGCAGAAAGGGGUGGUGAGACCUGUUGUGGGCGGGGCUGGCGGUGGUGGUCUGGGCAGUGGCUUGAAGGGCGAGGCGGUGAAUGGCACUCUGGGUAGACCCAGUCUGGAUGACAGCUAUGCUUCCGCAGACGGACUCAAACGUACCGCGCUCAGCUCAUCACUGAGAGACCUAUCAGACACAGGGAAGCGGGGCCGCCGAAACAGUGUUGGCUCCUUGGACAGCACAAUGGAAGGUUCCAUCAUUAGCAGUCCCAGGCCUCAUCAGCGCCCCCACAUGUCUGGAGGUGUAAUGCCACCCGGCAGCUAUGACAUCCAAGACUACCGGCCUCACCGCCCCAUCCUGAGCCCCGGAAUGGGGGUGGGGGGUGGGCCGGGGCUAAAUCACAAUACCGCUACUGGGACGACGGCACUGGGUCCCAGCAGCGGAGACCGAGGGGGGACGGGAGCCCUGGGGAGCGGGUCUGGAGGGGGAGGGGGCAGUGGAGGCUCCUUCCUGGGUUCCCUGUUCGGGAGCAAGCGCUCCAACACCAAGCCCCCUGGUCCUCUCCCCUCUCUCCCCCCUCUCCUCCCACCUGGGCUGCCACACUACCCUGCACCUGUCCCCCCGCCCACCACUGGCGGCCCGCCCCCACACUCCCCCUCCUCCCUCACCCACUCCGACACAGGAGGACCCUCCAAAAUCCAGGCCCUGCACGCCCAAUAUUGCUACAACAGUACCGCAGGGCAGCAGCCUCCUCCGCCCUACCACCACCACCACCGCUACCACGCCCAGGCAGGUCCCGCUCCCAGCCUGCCCUCCUCCACCACCCAGGGGGCCCCUGGGCCUCAUAUCCUCCACAGGGGCCCCAUGGUAGGGGUCCCCAAGAGGCCGGACCCCGGUCCCGCUCCCUCCCACCCCCAGCUCCAACAGCAGGUUCAGCUGGCCCAGCUGCAGCAGCAUGGUGUACACUGUGUACAGGGCCCCGGUCCUGUUCCCUCCCAGGGUCACGGAGGGUGCUAUACCAACAUGGGGGUUACUAUGGGGGUAGGCUGCCCCACUCCACCCCGUUCACCUCACCCCCCCCGCUCCCCGGGGCCCGCACCCCUUACCCUCUACCACACAUACUCCACACACGGUCGGGGAAGAGGAGGAGGAGGCGUCAAGCUCCCUCUUACUCUCUCACACUCGCAACCCCACCCUCACGCCCACACCCACGCCCCUCAUCGUACCGCUCUUACCCACAACCACAGCCCCCAUCCCGGCCUGUCCCUCAGCCCCCACCCCGGCCUGUCCCUCAGCCCCCAUCCCGCUCAACACCCCAAGCACCAGACUCACUUCAUCUUCGCUGCCCCGCCGCCCCAGACCCCCGUCGCCCGGCACAUCCCCCAGGCCACCGCCCACGGCCAAUACCACCCUCAAUUCCCCCCGCUCUCCUCCAUACCACCUCCCCCUUCACACUCCCCUUUACCCCCCCCUUCCUCCCCCAAUACCCCACUUACCCCUAUCUCCCCUUACACCCACCCCCUCCAGCUCCAGCCGCCCAGCCAGCCGCCCAGCCACCCACCCCAGCUCCAGGGAGGGCAGCAGGGGUCUGGCGGGGGCAACAGCAGCACGGGGUCGGGCAGCACCACCAGCUCCAAGUCCAAGCCUAUCAACCGCAUCAGCACGGUGGUGUGAGUGUCAGGAGACGCAACAACCCUCCCAGACACCAGGGGGCACCGCUCGUCAGACUGAGGUCGUCAGACCAGGACAACUACAGGUUUAAGAGGGGCCACGCCCAGAUCAUCCAAUAUGGCCGCCGGCGCUCUGGGAGAGGCAGGAGGCGGUACUUGCUCAGGCUGUGUUACUUCCACCUCCGGUUCCCUCACAGAUUCACAUUCAGGUAGAGAGGAAGACAUGAAUGUCAGCGGCAGGAUAAUAAACUUCUUAACUGUUAGACCGAGAGGAAAUUCCCCCUCUUUGGGCCGUCACAGGCAGGGCUACAUCAUCACGAGACCAUGAGCCUCAUGUCUUCUACACUGACACACUGAAGAGGGAGAGAAUGACUAGUCAGCUGUUAGAAGAGAGAGGAAGACACUGACACACAGAAUCUCCACAGACCGAUCUGCAUGAAGAUAUGCACAUAUGGUACCGAGGUUGAUGAGGAUGUGAUGCUUCUGUGUCUCUGUGGGGGCCAUGUUCUGCAUGACCUCAUCAAUGACCUCAUGUUGCCAGAGGAGGAGAAUUAUGAUGACAAAGGGUGCCAAACCUGGUGAACCAGGAAGUGGACUGGAAGUGGAUUGGUGAAUCAGGAAGUGACAUGGCCAGUGUCUGCCUUCUUACAUCUUAAAAUCUCCAUGUUGUUGUUGUUGUGUAAUAAAACAGACAUGUGUGCUUUCAGUCCGGUUUCAUAGACUAGACGUAAUAAAGCGAACGUAAAUCCGGGGCACUCAAAUCAGUAUGAUACGUUACAUAAGACAGAAGGUUACUUAAAAGACAUGAACGAAAUAAGGGUAAUUGGUCAGGUGGAUGGGUGGGCGUUGAUAUAAACGUGUAGCAACACCAAGGUUGCGUGUUUGAAUCUUAUCACGGACAACUUCAUUAUUUUAGCAAAUUAGCUACUUUUCAACUACUUAGCAUGUUAGCUAACCAUAACCCUAACCUUAAACAUUUUAGCUAAUCCUAACCUUUAACCAUUUUAGCUAACCCUAACCUUAAACAUUUUAGCUAACCUUAAACAUUUUAGCUAACCCUAACCUUAAACAUUUUAGCUAACCCUAACCUUAAA